AUGAAGACGAUCAAACCCUUACCGGAAUGUGUUCGUCACUCCAUGCGCUCUGGAAUCAUCAUGUUCGACAUGUCUAGGGUCGUGGAGGAACUCGUCUUCAACAGUCUCGAUGCUGGUGCGACUAAGGUGUCUAUCUUCGUGGGUGUUGUUACAUGCUCUGUGAAGGUUGUGGAUGAUGGAUCUGGCGUUUCUAGAGAUGAUUUGGUUUUGUUGGGAGAAAGAUAUGCUACUUCAAAGUUUCAUGACUUCACCAAUGUGGUGGAGUCAGCCAGUGAAGGUUUUGGCUUCCGGGGAGAGGCGUUAGCUUCAAUAUCAGAUAUCUCGUUACUGGAAAUCACGACAAAAGCUGUUGGGAGGCCUAAUGGUUAUCAAAAGGUUAUGAAGGGGUCCAAGUGUCUACAUUUAGGAAUUGAUGAUGAUAGAAAAGACUUUGGCACGACUGUAACUGUCCGAGAUCUAUUUUACAAUCAGCCAGUCAGACGUAAAUAUAUGCAAUCCAGCCCCAAGAAAGUGUUGGAAUCUAUUAAAAAGUGUGUGUUCCGGAUUUCCCUUGUGCACUCCAGUGUUUCAUUCAGUGUUCUUGAUAUCGAAAGUGAUGAAGAGCUUUUCCAAACCAAUCCUUCUUCUUCAGCAUUCUCACUACUGAUGAGAGAUGCAGGGACCGAGGCUUCAAAUUCUCUUUGUAAAGUAAACUUUACAGAUGGCAUACUUAAUGUCUGUGGGUGUAUAUCUGGUCCUGGUGAUAGUUUCAAGGCCUUGCAGUAUAUAUAUAUCAAUUCAAGAUUCGUAAGCAAAGGUCCCAUACAUAAGCUGCUGAACAACUUGGCUGAUGAUUUUGAGUGUAUGGAUGACUGGAAACCUACAGAUGGGCUACAGACAGGAAGACGUAAUAGACUUCAAUCCAAUCCUGGUUACAUUUUGUGCAUAACAUGUCCACGCCAUCUUUAUGAAUUCUCAUUUGAACCAUCAAAGACGAACGUUGAGUUCAAGAAUUGGGAACCUGUACUUUCUUUUGUAAGAAGAGUCAUUCUAGCCAACUGGAAGAAAGAGACAAGUCUUGGAGCUCAUCUACUGGCAGAAGGUGAUAGACAAGAUCUGAUUGAUGACUUGAUUAGACAAAAAGAUUGGCCAGAAGCUAUGGAACCUACCAAAAAGAAGCUCAAGAGGAGUAAUGAUCAGGGACCUUGUGGUUUUCUCUUGUCCCCGUCUGCUGACUUUAAAAGAGAUGGUGAUUUCUUGUAUCAAGGAAAGGAUGAGUGGUCUCCACAAUAUGAAUUUAAAAUGAAAAUUCAAAAUCUCAAAGAGCAAGACAGUGUAGCUGAAUUUGACGUCCUGACCGAUUCCCUUAUACAGUCAUGUGACAGAGAAAUAGAAAAGAGUGAAGACUUACCACAAGUUACUGACCUUCGGGUAAUAAGCUUGGUUGGUGGCACUAAAUGCAGCAAACAGUUUCUAACAAGAUGUCAGAUUAGCACACCUCUCAAUACCAACCAUGAUUUUAUGGAAGACUCAGACACAUUAAAUUUUCAGUUUGAAGGAUUUAAAGAUGAGUUUGAUGUCAGCAAUUGCGUUGGAAAGCAUCUCUUGCGUGGUUGCUCCUCCAGAGGCAGACUAAGCGUUCAUGAGCCUAAACUAUCUCAUGGUGAAGGGUCUGAAUCUGUCAUGCCUAUGAUACUUGAUGACAAACUAAAUAAUUCGCUCAUUCGUGUCCUGGAGACCAGAGAAGGUGGUUCAUACUGUGAUGUUUUUUCUGAUACUCUUGAAGUUCAUGGAAUGGCCAGGACUCCUAAUUGUUCCCUAGGGAGUUCGUGGCAGGAUACUGAUUGGUUUACUCCACACCGUUCCUCAGAUAGGCGAAAUAUUGGGAUUGGAGAGGAUUUUAACAUCACCCCCAUAGAUGCUGCGAAUGAUUGUUCUUAUGAAGACAAAUUUGUCAGGAAAAAGUACAAUUCCUCUGCCAAUGUGGGGAACUCUGGUGCUGGUAGUUUCUGUUUGAGUUCUGAGUGGUCUCCAAUGUUCUCCGCGCCUCCUUCUACGCCCAAGUGGGAGUCUGAUUAUCAGAAAGGUUGCCGAGCUAUUGAAGGUAGUUUUAGACUGGAAAGGAUUCCUGACCCUGAAUAUUUGUUCAGUGCAGCAAAUGACAUCAAAUUUGAUCAUGAGGUCAUGCCUCAAAUGGAUUGGCGAGAAACCGGCACAGAUUCUUCCAGAGAUAUUCAGAACUGCACUCAGUUGGAUGAAAAAAAUUGCAUGUCAUCGCGGGGGCAUGCAGAUAAUGUGGGUAUUGAACAAUAUAGUAUCAGGAAGGACAAAUUCAGUUAUAGGGAUGGCACACAGAAUAAUGUUGGUAAACGAAGGUCCAGAAGAAGCCACUCUGCUCCUCCAUUUUAUCGAGAGAAAAAGAGAAUUAUCAGCUUAAGUUGUAGAUCAGACACAAAAUCAAAGAAGUCUGAUUCACCAGAAGUUGAUGAUUUGGAGUGUUUGACACAACCUUGUAACACAUCUCAUAUGCAUCUUGAGUGUAGCAUCCUUGAUGAUGUGUCGUAUGACCGCACACAAGAAACAGAAAAAAGAUUGAGUUCUGCCUUAGACUUGAAAGCAUCUGCUGGUUCCAGGACUGUGCUCUCGGAGACGGAGACCCAAGGUGAGGAUGGAGAGGAAGACUUCAGCUCUGAGGAAAAUCUGGAUCAAAUUAAAUCCACAACGAAAUGGCGCCAAAACUGUUCAGUCUCUCAGGUUGCCAAGGAAUCACACGAGCUUCAUGAUCAAGAUAGUGUACUUGAUAUAUGUUCCGGAAUUUUGCACCUACGAUCCGAUGAAUCCUUGGUUCCUGAAUCUAUAAACAGACACUCCCUUGAAGAUGCCAAGGUUUUACAACAGGUUGAUAAAAAAUAUAUCCCAAUUGUUGCUUGUGGAACAGUUGCCAUCGUUGAUCAGCAUGCUGCCGAUGAAAGAAUUCGUUUGGAAGAGCUGCGUAAAAAGGUCCUGGCUGGGGAAGCGAGGACAGUCACCUACUUGAGUGCUGACAAAGAGUUGGUACUGCCAGAGAUGGGUUAUCAAUUACUCCAGAGUUACUCAGAGCAGAUAAGAGACUGGGGUUGGAUCUGUAACAUUAAUGUAGAGGGGUCAACAUCCUUUAAGAAGAACAUGAGCAUCAUCCAACGGAAACCAACCCCAAUCACACUUAAUGCGGUCCCAUGCAUUCUCGGUGUAAAUCUAUCAGAUGUUGAUUUGUUGGAGUUUCUUCAGCAGCUUGCUGAUACUGACGGAUCAUCAACAGUUCCUCCAUCUGUUCUUCGAGUCCUAAAUUCCAAAGCCUGUAGAGGUGCUAUUAUGUUUGGAGAUUCUCUGUUACCGUCGGAAUGCUCUUUAAUCAUCGAAGGACUGAAGAAGACCUCACUUUGUUUCCAGUGUGCUCAUGGACGACCAACGACAGUUCCUCUAGUCAAUUUGAAAGCACUGCACAAACAGAUAGCAAAGCUCAAUUCCAGACAACCGUGGCAUGGGUUUCAACGCAGAGAAAUCACACUUGAUCGUGCUAUGUCACGCUUAGAUGAAGCGAAAAGCUAA